AAGAUGUUUUGAAAACGUCUUGAGCUGUUGUGGCGUUCAAAACGUACACUGUCAUUUAAAAAGAUUUUGUAUUCACCAGACAUCUCUCUGACUGAAACACCAGCUGGACUGUCUUCACCAUCGGUUAGUUCAGUGCUGUGCCCUUAGGCCAGCGUUACCAAUGAACAUGUCCCUUGCCCAGAGAGUUCUCCUUACAUGGAUCUUCACGCUUAUCUUCCUCAUAAUGCUGGUCCUCAAGCUGGAUGAGAAAAUCCACUGGAACUGGUUCCUUAUCUUCCUUCCUGUCUGGUCUUUUGAUCUCAUUCUCCUGUUCAUGCUCAUUGUUAAAAUGGCAGGCCGCUGCAAGUCAGGGUUCGACCCUCACAACGAGGCGGAGAACUUGAAGAAGCGGGUGUGGUACCUUGUGGCCAUGCUGCUUAAACUAGCUUUCUGUCUAACAAUUUGUGCAAAGUUGGAGCAUCUAAUAGAAAUCUUAGUGAGCUGGGUUUGUAUCCCUCUAUGGUCGCUGCUUAUCGGAGCCAUGGUGGAGCUGGGGUACAAUGUUUUCCACUUCAGAAGAGACUGAAAAUAUGAGCGGGACACUUUGAAUGCCAAAAGAGAGAUGGAAGUUAUGAUUCACAUUAGGUUUUACUGUAUACAUAAGGAGAAAUCAUUUAGAAGUAUACAGCAUUCAUUAAGAAUGAAAAAUGGAAUGGACAAUAAGAAUGUACAGCUUUGUAAAGCUCUUUUUCAGGAAUUGCUUGUUUCUUUCAGGUUGACUACACUGAAUAGCCUACGUUACAUGUUCACGAUGCAGGGAGUUUUACCGUGGUGAGUUUCCACUCAGGUGACAGAAAUGACUGAUUGUGAAUAUUGCUCCAGUAUUUAUAACAUUUUAGUGAAACACUGAGAUCAUUAGCAGGGUACCUCUAACAUGAUGAACAAUAAAAAUAACAGUUAAUAUGCUGCUUACACACUGUACUUUUUUACCAGUACUGUAACACAGCAUGGUUUCCUAACAAAAAUGACAUAUGUUCUACAAUAAUAUUGCAUAUUAUAGUGAAUCUGUAUUUCUUUAUCAUGCACGAAUAACACACAUUUACAUCAAAUUGUAUUUUUAUUUUCUCUUGUAAAGAGUGUGUGAAUAAUAAUAAAAAAGUAAAAAUGACAACAUUCUUGCAGUGAAAAGAUAUUUUUUUUUUCCAUAAGCACUAUUUACAUCCAAGUUUUUCCAAGAACAUUGGCAAUUAGCAGGUGUUCAGCAGGUAGCAAAUGAUAAUCAAGUAAAAAGAUAUUAAAAGGAAUAUUCAGGGUUUUAUUAUUAUGCAUUCGGUCUCAGACAUUUGGCUCAUUGGUCACUUCCACCUGAGAGAGCCCCUCCCUGGUUUUGUAUUGAAUGGAAAGUUCCUGCUCCUAUUUUGUCAUUGCAAAUCCUUUCUAUCAAACUAACCGGAGAAGUUAAAAUACACCACGUUAUCUCGAAUUUGCACUCUGUAUGGACAAAAGUGUAAAGAGUGUUUAAUUCGGAAAUGUAUUUCAAUGUUGCCUCAAGCAUAUGACUGAACUUAUAAUGAUGUAUUAAUAAGUCCCCUUUCUGCUGGUCAGAGUGGAUUGUAAGAACAUUUUAAUACACUCGGUGACCUAUAUGAGAGUGGAGUGUUUAGAUCCUUUGAAAAUUUUGUUAAUUUUGUGAUCCCCAGAUCUCAGUUUUAUAGGUAUUUACAGCUGUGCCACCUGCUAUUUAUUGUUUUUGGGAGAACCCCACACCACCCUAAAGAGGCAGAUACUCUGGGAGUGGUGAUUACUGCUUUUGGAAAAGGUCAUGAGGCAUCAGUGUAUUACUCCCUGCUAAUUCAGAGUCUGGGGGACGAAGCUUCAACUUCUAUCAAGAGAUUAUGGGAGAAAGAUUUCAGCUUGGUAUUGGAGGAGUGAGUGUGUGCUCUGAUCUCUGCAUCUAGAGAUGCAAGGGUGUGUCUUAUGCCAUUCAAGAUUUUACAUAGAUUCUAUUGGACCCCCCUUUAGAUUAUAUAGGCUUGGACCUAAAGACACACCCACCUGCACAAUUAUUUGUGUGAUGUUUUGGGCACUCAAAAUUUUACUUUGCCCCAGGCUUUGUAUUUUGGUUGAUGGGGCGGUCAUACAUUUGGGGGAUGAAAACAUGAAAAAUUAUCAUGAUUGACAGACAAAUUAUUUUAAGGGGUUGGAAGUCGGACAGGGCGCCAUCAUUUCGGGAGUAGUGUGUGGAGAUGGGGAGGGUGGCAGCUUUCGAGGUGGCAAGUAGAAGGCUGGGGUUUGGGACAGGAAAUGGGGUAAUUAUUUUUUGUUUUUGGUGGACUCUCGGGGUGGUGGCAAGAGAGAAGUCUAGUUUAAUUAUGUACGUUUUUUAUAUUUAUAUUGUUUUUAUUUUAUUAAAAUUUUUUGUGUGUGCAUUAUUAUAUGUGACCACAGGGUUUGUUUUUUGGUGAUUAGGGAGGGAUAUUAGUGGGGGUUAAAUGUUGAUUCGAUAUGUAUGUGUUGUGUUUUUCUCUGUUGUAUAUUUUUGAAUAAAAAAAAUUGUUAAUUACAAAAAAGGAAUAUUCAGGGUUCAAUAAAAAUUUAGCUCAAUUGACUGCAUUUCUGGCAUGAUUACAAAAAAAAAAAAAAUCAUUUCAACUUGUCCCUCAUUUAUUAAAA